AUGGAUUCACCAUAUCAAUCGGUCUCCAGCAUCGUAGACGAAAAAGCCGUCUCGAUUCAACACCUCGAACUUCCACACGAUCAAGACUCCCCCAAAGCCGCUACUCUGGAAACGCAACAGAACAACAAUAUCGACGAUGAGUUAGAAAUUCGCAAACAGUUCAAAGACUUGCUAGCUGUUCCACGGUUCAUGGAGAUGCGCCGCAUCCAUCGUAGAUUGUUAUGCUUAGUAGAUUGCAUUAUGAUAAUGAUUUUGGCUUGCUAUCUCGAUGAGCCGGAGGAGCAAUGGUACAACGACACAUUUCUCGUAAUCGGCGCUCUCCUAGUGUAUGUCGCGACUACUUGGGAAUCGUUCGCGUUGAUCAAGCCAAAUUAUUGGAAGGGUGCGGCGAACAUUGGGUUAAUGGACGACAGGAGUACUCUAAAGGAGAACUUCCGCAAAGACUUCUAUUUCGGCAAAAUCAACAUGGUGUGGGAUCCAGAAGAGAGGCGCCUUGGAGUCGUAGAGAUGCGAAUCCCUUUUCUCAUACGAUAUAUCGCAGAUCCAGAUGCCUACCUGGGGAACCCUUUUCAUAUGUUCUCGCCUUACUAUGCUGUGGAGAUUGGGGCUACAAUUCAUUUGGCCAAGAUCGCCUUAAUGUUCUUCUGUUAUCAACUUCAAACCUCUUAUGGACCAGUUGCUUGGAACUUCUUGAGCGCCGAAGAGCAUCUGGCAAAGUGGAUGGAGUUCUUGAUGGUGGACGAGAAGGAUCCGGAACACGUUCAACGACGGUCGAAAGUGGGCUUGAAGUUGAUUCUGGAGGAUUUAAAGGCACCAACUGCAGAAGAGGUAUCUUGCGAAGAUGAGGAUUAA